AUGUCAAAUCCUUAUAUCAAUAAAAAAUUGUCUACAUCAAAAUUGGGGGAGGUGGGGGAAGGUUCUAGUAGUUCGUCUUAUUCUGGUGAUUGUGAGCAAAAUCAAGGUUUAAUUGAUGUCAGUCAGCUUAUACAGGAACUCAUCAACAGCAUCUUUACCCAAGGUGCAAUUUCAUCACAGGCUGGCAGAGAUUCAACCAUCUCUCAGGAUUACCAUGGAACGGGAAGAGUGCAAAUAGAUGAAUUCAUAAAGAGUAUUCGGGACGAAAGGUCACUGAAAGAUUACGUUGCACUGAGGUUGCUGUUAGAAGAUCCAUCAAAUUCAUUUUCUCCCGUAAUUUUACAUAAAAUUUUAGUGAUCUUUUGCGACCCAUCACAAUUCAAAGACCGUGUCGAAGAUGCAACUAUUAUAAUGGAAUUAAAUCUGCGUAUACUAUUAGCAGCAGCCCGUGUGUACGACACAAAUAACGUCACUCGCGAAUUUCGUAAGGAGAUUUUUGAAAAACUGAUGGAAUUUGUAGAGUUUCAUUCGGAAAUAACGAAGAAAGCCUGUUUACAAUCGCCACCUAGUUUAUUGGUUAAACACAAGGAGGAAAAGCUUUUACGAAAUCAUAACAUCGACUUUCUAUUAAUCGUAUUUCGUGACACAAUCAACGAUAACGAUAAAGAUAAGGAAGCAACCUCUGAAAAAUCAUUUCAGAUACAAGAUGCAUUUACGCAGUCCAUAAGUAAUAUUACGACUGAAGAAAUUUCACCGGCAGCAAGUCAUGACGAAAUCAUCUCGACUGAACAAGUGUCAGAAGAAUUUGAAUAUUCGAAGUGCACUUGGUACUCAAAAUGGAAACAAUUGAUAGAAAAAAAGUGUAAUUUAUUCCGGCUGUCUCUAGAUAAUACAAACAUCGAAUUUCAAGAAAAGGAACUGCUCGAAGAACUCUGGAUGCACGCAUCAAUAGAAUGGUCAACCAAAAAUUGUGUUUCUGGUUCGCAACAAGUUGAUGACGAGAUUAAACAAAGUUCCAAUUCGAUCCUUGACAGCAAACCGUCAGCGCAUGCGAAAUUAUUCUGGUUAGGGCUUCUCGAUAUUGCACAAGAGUUAGCCACUUGGACGCAAUCGAACAAAACUUUGAUUUUCAUUUAUUAUUUAGCUUUGCAGUCAUUGCAACGUGGACACGGAGCUUAUAUUCGUUCUAAGGCAAUUGAACUUUUGAUCACACUUCUCGCAAAACAUCCGAUGCUUUUUUCGGAGUGUGAAAUUCAUUUUAUGGAAUUCUUAAAUGGUCUGGAUAGUUGUGGGGCGCACAAGAAGGAAAAAUAUCAACGACUCUUUGGUAUAGUUAUGCGACGAUUCCAACUGUACCGAAGGAAGAUUAUUGAAGCAUGUCCCGCAAGAUGUCACGCGAAGCUACAGUUGGAAGUAAAUAGACUCCUCAACCCCCUCAUUCUACAUACUGACAAGAAUUAUGUAAGAGAUACCACUCAUUUUGACAUUAUCGCUGAUGAACUAACUUGCCCAAUCACUCAAGACCUUGGUGAGAAUUUCAAAAAAUUACCAUGCGGACAUUGCAUUAGCGAAGAAGGUAUCAAGGGUUGGACCAAGGAAUGCAAAAGCAAGAGCAAAUUAUUUUCAUGUUGCAUUUGUCGUGCCGAGUUUUUGUGGGAGGAGGUCGAUAAUGCACCACCAUCUCAUCUGCAUCGUGGAAUGUUCCAGUUUGCAAGCAGUAUAUCAAACCAAGAGAUAACAUCGACGCACGUUUCACCCGCCGUCAUUCUUAAUGGUCGGAAAAAUUCACGCAUUCGAAUAAAAAAUCUUGGGAUAAUUAAGAAACGUUAUUCAGCUUAUAGACAAGCCGAGGCCGCUUUAAAAAAUGAGAAUUUUGUGUUGGCAGUCUAUUGGUUGAAUUUGGUUCUCGACAUCUGGCCAGAUAGCUAUAGUAUUCGUUGCAAACGAGCAUGGGUGGUACAACAAUUAGGGGAUCUCUACCAAUCGAUUACCGAUCUGAAUAUUGCGUCACAUUUAAAACCCUGGAAACCAAAGGCUUGGAAUCUACUUGCCAGCGUAUAUAUUCAAAUGGGCGUUGCUGAAAUGGCACUUCCUCACAUAUCUCGCGCUCUAGAACUUGAUCCGAAAAAUCUUCAAUUCUUAUCAAUGCGCAGUACCAUAUACAUCAAGUUACGGCAGUAUGAGAACGCUUCACGUGACAUGGACACCAUAUUAGAAUUUGCGUCCCAACUAAGGCCAUCAUUACCGGCUUUCAUUGCGAUGAUUCGUUUUAAGAAUUCUCGAUUCUAUCAACCAGAAAACAAAGCUAUUAUCAUUGAUACCUUGAUGAAGCGCAGUAAAUUAUACUUUGAUCAAUACAAGUAUCAAUUGGCUAAACAAGAUUUGGACAAACUUUUGCAAUGGGAUGAUAAGAAUGUAGAAGGUUUAAUAUUACGAGGUCGAGUUCACUAUAGAACAUACCAGUACCGUGCAGCGCUUUCCGAUUUCAAUAAAGUUAUAAUAUUCGACCGUCGAAAUGUGUAUGCAUAUAACCUUCGAGCGCUAACAAAUUCGGGAAUGGGUGUAUUCGAUCAGGCCAUCAAAGAUUCCGACCGCGCCAUAAGCCUCAAUCCAGUGGAGGGAUACUCGUACCGUUUUCGAAGCAUGAUUCUGGAUGACAUGGGUCGAGAUGAGGAUGCCUUAGAUUAUGCGAAUGUAGCUCACAUAAUUGAUCGCAACAAUAUGGAAAAUAUGUAUCGCUGUCUAUGGGCUCGCAUAUAUCUAUACCGCUAUAAGGAUGUACUUUCUUACCUUAACAUUUACCUUAACUAUCUCAAUGAAAACUUUGAAAACGAUGACAUGGACACCGCGGAAAUGCUGGUGAUGCGAGGGUUCAUAUAUCACCUUUUGGAAGGUCGCGAAGAGGAUGCAUUUAAAGACUUCCGAAGGGUAUUGGAAGUCGAUCCAAAAAAUACGAAUGCAUUAGCAUGUCGUGGACAGUUGUACACUCGACUUGGGAACUUUACGGAUGCUUUGGAAGAUCUUAACGUUGCCAUCGAAAUUGAUUCAGAAAAUAGUUAUAUAUACCGGAAUAGAGCGUACUUGUGGUACAAAAUGGGCUGUUAUUCGUUGGCUUUGAAAGAUCUGGAUACAGCCGAGAAUCUGCACCCUGAACGUGGAAUGACGUCAUCGACAAGAGAGGGAAGGAGAAGAAGCUGCCUCUACUGGGGGCUCAUUUAUAAUAAACUCGGAGAGCAUGAUAAAGCGAUAGGUAACCUCGAUGAAGCAAUAUCAAUCUUACAGGACGACGAAACCAUGAUCCCACUUGUUGAACGUGCGUCCAUAUAUGUUUCUAUUAAUAAACUCGACGAAGCGUUAAUCGACUUAAAGAAGGUGUUAGUAGUCGAACCAAAAGAUGUUUACAUGUCAAAAAGUCUGUCCAAAGGAAUAAAACUUUACGGGAAGAUCUACAGUUCAUAUGUUCAAGAUAUUUGCGGAGAAAAAAAGGUCGAGUGGAUAGAUCUUUGCAAACCAGACCCACAGAUACCACAAUCGACCCUGCGAAAACUUCGAGAGGUCACUUCGUUCAAAGAUGAUAUGAAUGAAUUAGAUUCAUGCGACAGUCUCAUGAAAUUAUCACUUGAGCUUAAAAAACUUGUAUCUUACCAAAGUAAAAUCGAUUCAACACACCACGACGAGGAGAUCAGUGAUAGCGACAGUUUAGAUAGCCUGAUCAGUACUUCUGAUUGGGAAAGUGGCGACAAAUCGCAAGAUAAUUCAAAUGAAACUAGCGCAAACCACGAAACAGCAGUUCGAAAUAAAGGAAAAGGCGUCGAUAAGCGCGAGAAAGGAGAAGAAACCGAACAGAAAGAAACAUCAGCCCAAGACGACAUUGCUGGAUCGGAUCCGUACUAUGAAUUUAAGAAUUUAUUGCAAGAUUUCGAAAAACUUUUGUGCCAUCAGAUUAAGGCUGAAAUAAGAGAUUCUGAUGGAGAUGAAAUGAGCGUUCUUAAUCCUGACGAGGCAUCCGAGAUAAACAAAUCCCAAGAUAAUAUUGAUAAGGCGGAAGAAUGUAAUGACACCAUAGCUCUGGACAAAGGGAAAGGGGUUGAACAAGAUGAAGGUCGGGAAGAAAAAAUUGCACAAAAAGAUCCAUGCAUGUCGUCUCGCACAAAAUCUAAUGAUCUUGUGAAUGAAAGUGGUAACAUUGAAUUGAAAGAUGGAUACGGGUGUCAAGAUAAUAUUAGCCAAGUCAAUGCGAGUAAUAAUCUAGAAACUCCAAAUAGGGAGGAUCAACAAGAGAAACAUGAAGAGACCGUACAAAAUGAAGAAGAUAGUGUCCAUGGAUUUUCGAAGGCACUCGAUUUCUUAGAAGCAGCCCAAAACGCAGAAGGAUAUUUUGAUCGACAAAAAUUUGAUCAAGCCUUAGCUCAGUGGGAGAAAGUUAGUCCAGGGGAUAGUUAUGCCAGUGACAUUCUUCGAGCGCUUCGAACCAUCAAAGCAAAUCAUUCCCAGAUUCUUGUAACUCGCGUGGGAAGUUCGAGCAGAGAAUAA